AUGUCUGGACGUGGAGCAUGGAGGCCGAUGAAUCCGAAGAACAUCACUGUUCGAGCUUCAGUAUGGAUAAUCGGGGCCAUUCCAUUUUUUACCUUUUCAGCCAUGUCGAUCGCCGGAUCUGCGACGACAACGCCUGGAAUGGAGAAUAUCUUCAUCGGGCAGAUUUCUAAGGUUGGCACCGAUGGAUCUAAAAUCGGUGGAUUGAGGUUUGGCUAUAUGGGUCUCUGUGCCUAUGUGGGAGUGGAAGGAAAUAACGGAGAUACUUUCAAGAAUACAAACGGUUUUCAAUGUAUAGGCAAACAGUAUGAGCAGUCACCCGAUGAAAUUGCCUCCACACUACAUGUCGACGCAAAUAUCGUACAAUUAGGGCAAAAGUUGCAGAACGACAUAUCAAUUUUCAUGCCUAUGGUGGCUUUAGCCCUGUUUCUAUUGGGAUUCCUCGUUGACACCUUUGCAUGGCUCUUCGCAGGUCUAGGAAAACCUGUUGGUAAGGUUGGUAUGGUAGCUAUGCCAUUUUUGUGGGCAGCUGUUGCCACCAGUCUUGGUGCAGCAUAUACCCUCACUGUUUCCGUUAACGCAAUCAAUACGGUACUUGGAGAUACGGCUGUAGGAUGUUCUGCAAACGUACAAAUUGAGCAGGGCAAAACACUUGAGGGACUUCAAUGGGCUGCGUUUGCCUUUGCUCUCCUCUUCGCAUUCGGUAUCUACAUGGUUACUAGAGACACUAUGUAUGGAUUUAACAUUGCUCCUCGUGCUAGAUCCCGUGGAAGAAGAAUGGAAGAUACGUACCCCGAUGCGUACUCCGUAGGAGAGCGAUCACUAAGUUACGAGAGAUAG